AUGACAUUCAAGAACGCUAUACCUGCAUCAUCAUACGAACACAGUAAAACCAAAGUCCAAAUGUUCAAAUUCGGAGGAUGGAAAGCGUCGCUAAACCUCAGCGGUGUCAGUCGCCGUCGAGAGGUCUAUGAGAACGGACCGGAGCUGUCCUCAGGAGGGGCCUACAGGUCUCAUAGGGAAGAUGUCUUCGGACGCAACAGUAUAUCAGAACCACCGAAAAAACUGACGCCAUCUAUGGUCAAGCUUCCACCUAGUAAAGAAACGAUAAAAACUUCAAAAAGUGCCAGCGACCUAAAGGACCCUCAUAAUCUACCUCCACAACUUAGAAAGAGUACACCAGAUGUCUCCACCGAUCCCAGAGGUGGAACUUCUAAUAACAGAGACUCUUCAGUUUUAUAUAAGAACGCUAAAAACGCAAAAGACGAUAAAAAAGAAAAAGACAAAGAAAAAAAGAAAGCGGAAAAGCAGCGGCUAGCUGAAGAAAAGAAGAAAGCUCAGGAACAAGCGAAGCAGGAUAAAUUGAGAAUACAAAGAGACAAAAAGAUAGCUGAGAAAAAAGCGAAAGACGUUAAACAAAGGAAAAAGGAAAGUAAAAACGCAUUGCCGGAAGCGAGCGUCACAAAAUCCUUAGUACCUAAAGAACCGCAAAAGAAUCCUCUAGGAAGAGUAGCAACUAACACUCUAGAAAGUUCUAUCAGUCGCAGCAGCGGACCUCCGCCUUACACAGAAGCUAUUCCGCAAGAGAAACAAAUAAACAAAAAUGAUUCCACCGGCAACACGAGUUUCAACAAACCGAUAGAAAAUAGUAGUUGGGACAUGAUAUCGGAGCAUCGGAGUCAGAUGAAUAGGAAUCCUGUGGCCAGUGGAUCUAGACAGAAGCAGAUGGUUCUAGAUCUGCAGCUGAGUUUUGAUAAAGCGCAAACUAAUGACAAGAACAGUGAAGUUUGAUCAAUGUUGUAAUAUUAAAGUUUUUUAUAAGUUGUUUUGCUUUUUUUUCGUGACCCAGUAGACAAAACUUGUUGUAUUGGUGGUUUCUUUCGUGACCCAGGAGACAACCAUAAUCCUGCCUGGGACAGUCUUAAUACUAAAGGAACAUUCUGGAAAGUUAUAUUA